GUGAAGGAAAGGGUAUCUAAGCAUUAAAUUAAAUCUUUAAAAAAUUGAGUCAUUGAUUUUUCCACUUUCCAAGAUUUAAUGAUCAAUCUUCCUACAUAUACCUCUCUCUCAUUUCAUCAAAAUAUACAUCAAAAUAGCAAAUUUAUUAAGUAAUUAAAUUCCAUGGCUAUAUAUAUAAGCAAUAACAUGAGAAUUUUCUCCCUUUGUUUCUUUGCAUUUGCUUGUUUUUGCAAUGCAAAAAACAAGCCUAAAAACGGAGGCGGUUUUAAGGGAAUAUUCAUUUUUGGUAGUUCAGUAGUUGACAAUGGAAACAAUAACAAUGUUUUUGGUACCUUAGCCAAGGCCAAUUAUUUACCAUAUGGUAUAGAUUUUCGUAUAAAUGGUGCAACAAAAACGACGGGCAGAUUCUCAAAUGGGAAAAAUUUUGCUGAUUUUAUCGGUGAUUAUCUUAAGCUUCCUCUAAUUCCAUGCUUUGCUGAUACUCAAACUCAAAGGGAUGCAAUCCUUAACGGUGUCAACUUCGGCUCCGGCGGCUCCGGCAUUCUAGAUGAAUCUGGCCUAGUUGCGGGGAGGGUGAUCAGCUUGAAUGAGCAAAUUACAAAUUUUGAAGCAGUGACCUUGCCAAAAUUAGAAAUCCAGCUUGGAUGUCAAAGAACAGAGAUACUCCCUGAUUAUUUGUUUCUUCUUGGUGCUGGAAACAAUGACUACCUUUUAAAUUACUUUUUACUAGGACAGCUUACUCAAACUCCCCAAGCCUUUGCUGCAAAACUUAUCUCUGCUUAUUCUGCUCAACUCAAGAGAUUAUACAACUUGGGAGCAAGGAAUUUUUUACUGCUAUCAGUGUAUCCCUUAGGAUGCAGCCCUGUUGUGAGCAAAGGCCAAGGAUGCUUACCAGGACCAAAUGCUGUCAUUACUAUAUUUUAUGAUCAGUUGAUAUCUAUGGUCAAUCAGGUCAAACCCCAAUUGCCUGGUUCUAAUUUUAUUGUCAUCAAUUCAGUGAAAAUCAUUACAGACAUUAUAAACAACGCGAAUUCAACAGGUUUCAGUAAUGUGAGUGGCCCUUGUUGUGAAGUUUCAUUAAAUGGGUUGUCUUGCAAAGAAAAUGGUAAUGUAUGUGAUGACAGGAGUAGCUAUGUUUACUUUGAUGGCCAACACAACACAGAAUCUCUAAGCGCUGUCAUAGCAAAUAAGGCUUAUACUUCUCGCUACCAGUCCGAAGCCUAUCCUAUCAAUCUUCAUGAACUUGCUCAAACCCACCUCUAAACUAGAACGAUGUACAAAAACUCGACAAUUUAGGGCUUUUGUAUCUUUUUAAUUAUAAUUAUGGAAUAGUCCCUUCGCAUUAUAAAGUAAUUAAUUUUAUUUGCUAGUUUUUUUUUUCUUUUUCUAAUAAGUAUAGGAGGUAUUUGGAGGAAAAUUUAUGAACUUCCUUGUUUUGUAUGUAUAAUAUUUUUCUUAUAACAUAAUAAAGAGGAAACUUUUAAUUUUUUAUUGUAUGCCCAUGAUAAAAAAAUUACAAAUUUAAACGAAUUCCAAAACCUAUAAUGAGUAACA